UUUAAUGUGUUGUUGUGAGCGUUGGUUAUAAGAAAAACGGCCGAGCAAGCAUUUUUGCGAGCCGGAAAUUUUAGCGCGUUUUUUUUAUUGUAGGACAACUGUUUGAAAACAUUUGCAUAUACUUAAGCGAUAUGCAAGAAAUAACAAGUUGGCGCGCAAAUGUUAAAAUGUGAAACGAAAUGUGCACUGUACACGAGACUCUCGCCACAAGCGAAUAUGCAUAAGCGGUGAAUAAAUGCACAAACGUACUGGGAUAUGCAAUUGUAACUGUGUCAGUGUAUGUGCGUGUGUAUGCUGCACAAAUGCCGACAAGAAGUUGCGGUUAAAUGAAAUGAUCAAUUAUUAAUUGAAAAUACGAUACCGAUUACGAUAAAGAUAUUUAAGCGCAUUUCCUUUAUAUAAUAACUACUACGGAACGAAGCAGAACUGCAAAAAGUAACAAAGCAACAAACAAAAACAAUAACAACGAGAACGAGAACGCAACACACAUACAAAUACAUAUGUAAAUACCAAUAUACAAAUACAAAUCGAAGCAGCGGCGGCAUCUAUCGAUACCAAGACCAAUACCAAGUCAGCCUUAGCCACAGUACUCUUCCUUACAAUACCCCCCCACAAUACUAGUACAAUACAUACAAACGAAUACUCGGGGCAGACGACGAUAAAACAAAAACAAAAAGAAACAAAAAAACGCAUAACGGCUGUUAAAUGCGGCGACCAAAACGCUUACGUCUUCUACGUCGUCCGAGCAACAGUAGCAGUAGCAGUAGCAGCAGUAGCAACGGUUAUCGAUAUCAGCAGGAUAGGGAUACGGAUAUCGCCGAUUGUUGACGUUGACGGUAUCAGAAUUGACAAUCGAUCGCGCCUCAGACUCAGAGACAGACACAGAGACCACAGUAAAGGCAACAACAAGAUUAAGAGCAACAGCUACAGCAACGGGUUGACGACAAUUUCGAUUGUUGUUCAGGUUUUGCCAAAUAAUGGAACCAGAUCCCAAUGGGAUAAAGAUAGAGCCGACACUUGACCUCCAUCAGCAGCAACAACAGCAACAACAACAGCAGCAGCAACAGUACGCCACCCAUGUGCUGGCAAUAAAUGGCCCAAAUGCUCGACUGCUUAUCGAGCAUCCAUCAGCGCUGUUGGUUCCCCUGUCGACCCAUCAACAGCAGCAACUGCAAUUGCAACAGCAGCAACAACAACAGCAGCAGCAGCAGCAACAACAACAGUUUCAACAGCAGCAGCAACAUCAACACCAUCUCCAACAACAGCAGCAGCAGCAACAGCAACAGUUUCAUCAGCAACAAUUGCAAAUAACAUUACCCGCUUAUUCACAGCCCCUCUCACUGAAGCAGCAGCCACCACCGACGCCGCUCGGACCCAGCUCCACAGUCAGCUCCAACGCCGCCGCCGCCGCCCAACAGCAACUCACCCAGCAGCAGCAGCAUCAUCACCAGCAACGGUGGAACGAGAGUCCCGAGGCACGCCAGCGCCGUUUGGCCCGCAAUGCUGAGAGGAUGCGCGAGCGACGACAGCGUGAAAGCGAUGAUGAAUACCGAAAGCGUCUGGUUCGCAACGCAGAAGCAAAUCGCCAGCGGCGCCAAAACGAAUCUGAUAUUGAGCGUGCCAUGCGUCUGGUGCGCAACGCGGCACGGCAACGUCUGCGACGCGCCAUGGAGUCCCCAGAGCAGCGGGCCAAGCGUCUGGCCAAGCUGGCCGAACGCAUGCGCAUGUAUCGGGCCAGUGAGACGCCCGAGCAGCGCAAGAUUCGACUGGCGGAGAUGGCGGCACGGGCCAGGCAACGCAUCGCCAGCGAGUCCACGGAUGAACGCAAGGAAAGACUGAGAAAGCUGAACGACUACGCCAAAAAGGUCAGAGAAAAGAAAAAGCUCUUUAAGCACGAGGUGGUGCAUGGCGUGGUGCAGAAUUCGUCGUCGUCGACCUCAUCAUCGACCAACUCGACCAAUUCCAAUUCGCUAACAGUGCAGCAACAGCAGCAGCAGCAGGUGCUCGCCGUGGCGACCGCAGCUGCGGCUGCUGCCGCGGCCGCCGGCUCAGCCAACUGUAAUAAUAACGAGCAUAACAUUAAUCUAAACCAGGCCAACGUCUCCUCCUCCGCACCGACAGUUGCCGGCGCCAGCAGCACGGUCGUCACAGCGGGCGGCGAUGAUCAACAGCAGCAGCAGCAGCAGCAUCUGGUGACAGCAGCGACCGCCUAUCAGCAGCACCAGGCUAUCGAGUACAUGGGCCAGAACAUGUUCAUAGCGCCCGGUGCGCUCCGUCCGACCAUGCAGCUCAAGCAGGAGCCGCAGACCCAGCAGCAGCAGCAGCAACAGCAGCAACAACAAGUGCAACAGCAGCAGCAGCAACAACAGCUCCAGCAACAGCAGCAGCAGCAGCCUCGCUACUCCCUUGGAGCCCAGCAGCUGAUCGAUGGCGUUGCUGGUGGCAGCGGUGCCGCCGAGGCGGGCAGCAUAUUCGUGCAGCAAAUCUAUGGCGAGGAGCCGGGCAAGGGCGGCAAACUGCAGCUGCAGGCCCAUGUGCCGCACUUUAGCAUCGGCAAUCCGCUCGAGUUCUAUCAGCACAAAUACGCCAAGAAGCAGGAACUUCAGACCGGCAAUGAGGCGAACGACAACAGCGGGUCUGUUAGCCUGGCCCAGAACGAGGCCAAAGUCAUCGUGGCAGCCGCCGAGCAGCAAAAGAACCUGAAACCGGGCCAAACGACGACCACAACACAGAUCUACAACCAAUUUCCAUACCUGACCACCUUCCCGGCAACGGCCAACAGCAGCGGCGCCACCAGCGGCAGCGGCACUGUCACAGUCACGGGCGGAACUGUGACCAACGCGGGUGCCAAUGGCACUGCGACAACCGCCUACUAUCCCAUGUAUCACAAUGGCUUCCAGUUGGGCAUUGGGCCAAAUCCGGUGCCGCCGCCGUUCACGCCCGUGCACUUUACCACAACCAGCGGUGGCAGCAGUCCCACAACGCCCGGUCAGUACAACAUACUGGCUGCUCCGGCGGGCACAAAUGCCACGAUUACGGUCACCGGGCUGGGUCAGCCGGAACAGGUGCAGCAACAACAGCAGCAGCAGCAGCAGCCACAGACGACGCAGCUGGUGCAGGAGUUCCCCAAGAUGGGUCGUGGUCGGCCGCGAAAGACGAGUCUGCUGACGAGUACUGAGGAUCAACUGAAGGCGAAUACGCUGCUGGAACAGGAGCUUAAUCAGAUGCUUGCGGUGCCGCAUUUGACGGGCAGCGGUACAGGUCGGCGUGGUCGUCCAGCGCUGGAUCACGGCCACAUACAUUCCACAGCAGAUGGCGAUAACGGCGUACAGUUAACGUCGACGCCGCGACGCAGUGGCUCUAUUAAAUACGAGACCGAGGAUGAGAAGCGUAUACGGCUGGACAAAAUGGCGGCGCACCAGCGAGCGGUGCGUGCCAAUGAGUCGCCCGAACAGCGUUCCGUGCGCCUGCAGAAACUGAGCGAGCGAGCGCGUCUCAAGCGCGCCCAAAUACGCGCCACCGAGAACAGCGAAGAGCGCAAGGAGCGCCUCUCCAAGCAGGCGGAGUAUGCGCGACUGCGACGCAUGCGCAGUCAUACGCCACGCACAAGCAGCAGCGCUAGUGCCGAGUUCCAUGCCAAGACAGAGGAUGAGACAACGGAGCAGCUCUAUGAUAAUGACACCGAUGGCGGCGAUAGUUUUGCCGUGAAGACCGACUCGCAGCUGGAUGGUGAUGCCUCCAACGAGCAGCUGGCCGCUCUGCAGCUCCAACAGCAUGAGCUGCAGCAAAUGACGGCACUGCAGCCGCACCACGAGACCAUCGUCAUCAGUCAGCAGCAACAGCGGCUGGUCAGUCUCAGUCAGCAUCAGCAGGGAUAUAGUAAACUACAGACGUCAGCAGCUGGCAGUGGCGGCACUGGCGCUCCUGGUGGCCCGGCAGAGAAUAACGAUAUGUUAAAGAUACUCGAGCCGAUCAUUGUGAUGAAGACCAAAUGAGUAUCGGAAAAGCGUCACAAUCGGCCCACAAAUCCUUAGACAACCAACACACACACACACACAUCCAUGCAUUAUAUAUAUAUACUAACUAUAGAUUUGAAGCCAUUGUGGGCGCUUGUACAAAAUCAUCUUAUGUGAAAGCGAUAGACGUGUUGAUACUUUGUAUAUCAUCAAAGGCUCGCUAAUUUCUGUUGGCUUUAUGCCAUUUCAAAUCUGAGGUACUUGCAUGUAAAGCAUUCAUAUGUGUACAUAUAUGUAUGUGUGUUAGUAUGCACCUGUGCAUACAUGAUUUACAUACAUAUAUUCGCAUUAUGCAUGUAUAUUAUUUUUUAUCAUUAACUGCUAGCAAUGUAAACCAAUUACCAUGUACUUUAUUGCCUAAGCCUAGUUUAAUAGUUAUAGCCCGUGCAAUACUGCGAUAAGUCAUCGUAUUGUACAUACACACACAUACGCAUAUGCGAAACCACACGGUUGAUCCACCGGGCCCUACACAUAGAGUAUGACCCUUGAGAUCAUUCAUUUGAAAUCCAGUACAGUGUGAGAAAUGCAAACGAAGCGCACCGACACAAACACAGACACAGACAGACAUAUAUAUAUUGUACACAGAAUUCAAACUGCAGCUAAUUUGUCUUGGAGAAUGAUUUAAACACACAAUUUAAUGUAUUUGACAACAGGCAAAAUAUCUAUGUUAAUGUAGGUAACUUUUUAAAUUUUUUAAACACAUUGAACUUCGAUACAAAUGUAACGGUAGUGCGAUUACCGAUAACCAAUUUGUGUAAUGUACUAUGUAAGCAUAGAGUGAACAAUUAAGCCUAAUUGCAUAAUUUCUAGCCCAUAACAAAAUCGAGCACUAAGUAGAACUGUACGUAUUAAUUUUUUAAAGAGUAGCUGAAAAGAAUGAAAAUAAAAACAAUACAAAUAAAGUUAA